UAACAACGUGACAUGCAGUUAUGCGCAUGUGCGGCGUGGACCAAGCGUGUGGGCGGAGUCUGACUCUCUAAUGCUCGAGCUGGAAUAAAAACAGCGUCUGUUGUCAGAGCUAAAGCUAAUACGCAGCUAACCGGCUACUGGCUGUCACUAUCACAACAUAAACACAAAACAAACCAUUUUUCUUCGUGGAAUUCGUCGUCGUUUUGUUCCAACAGCUUGUUUAUUUAUUUAUUAAUUUUUACUAAAGAACCAACAGAGCGAAUGAUAUUCACUGUAGUAAUAUUACAGUGUUUAUAAAGUCCUGGAGAUCCGACAGAAGCCAGGACAUGGACAACGUUUUCCUCGAACAAUGUUAAAUUACAUUCACAACAAAGCCUGGUGUGAUCCUGUCUGCUCCAGUAGACUUGUUUAACUUAAUCUAAGAAGUCUCUGUAUUCCGAGAAGCCUGUCUGAAGCACUGAAAGAGCGGAAUAAUGGUGAUGAACACGGUCCAUUGGUUCAGGAAGGGCUUGAGGCUGCAUGAUAACCCUUCACUCUUGGAGUCUAUAGAAAGAGCGGACACUUUACGCUGUAUUUACAUCCUUGACCCUUGGUUUGCAGGUUCAUCCAACGUGGGAAUCAUUAGAUGGAGGUUUUUGUUGCAGUGUCUGGAGGACCUGGAUGCCAGCCUUCGCAAACUCAACUCUCGCCUGUAUGUUAUUAGAGGUCAGCCCACUGACGUUUUUCCAAGGCUUUUUAAGGAGUGGAACAUCACGCAUCUUUCGUAUGAGUAUGACUCUGAACCAUUUGGGAAGGAGCGAGAUGCAGCCAUCAAGAAACUGGCCAACGAGGCAGGGGUGGAGAUCGUUGUUAGAAUCUCCCACACACUCUAUGAUCUAGAGAAGAUCAUUGCACUGAAUGGUGGGCAGCCCCCUCUCACCUAUAAGCGCUUCCAGACGAUUAUCAGUAGAAUGGAUACUGUAGAGAUACCAGCAGAGACCAUUACUGCAGAGAUAUUCAGCAAGUGUAUCAUGCCUAUCGGUGACAACCAUGACGAGAGGUUUAGUGUGCCCUCACUGGAAGAGCUUGGCUUUGAGACGGAGGGUCUUCCAUCUGCUGUGUGGCCAGGUGGAGAGACUGAGGCUCUGACUCGUCUAGAGAGACACUUGGAGAGAAAGAUCUCUUUGGGGAAGGCAUGGGUGGCAAACUUUGAGCGUCCCAGGAUGAAUGCAAAUUCAUUACUGGCCAGCCCUACAGGUCUGAGCCCUUAUCUUCGCUUUGGCUGCCUCUCCUGUAGAGUUUUCUACUUUAAACUCACAGACUUGUACAGAAAGGUAAAGAAAAAUAGUGCACCUCCACUGUCUCUCUAUGGCCAGCUGCUGUGGAGAGAGUUCUUCUACACUGUUGCAACAAACAGCCCACGCUUUGACAAGAUGGAGGGAAACCCAAUCUGUGUGCAGAUCCCAUGGGACCGUAAUCCAGAAGCAUUAGCAAAGUGGGCAGAGGGCAAGACAGGUUUUCCCUGGAUUGAUGCAAUUAUGACCCAGCUGAGGCAGGAGGGGUGGAUCCAUCAUCUGGCACGGCAUGCCGUCGCGUGCUUCCUUACCAGAGGAGACCUGUGGAUCAGCUGGGAGGAAGGUCUCAAGGUGUUUGAAGAGUUGUUACUGGAUGCAGAUUGGAGUGUUAAUGCCGGCAGCUGGAUGUGGCUCUCCUGUAGCUCAUUUUUUCAACAGUUCUUCCACUGCUACUGCCCGGUGGGUUUUGGUCGCCGCACCGAUCCCAACGGAGACUAUAUACGUCGGUAUUUGCCUAUAUUGAGGGGUUUUCCUGCCAAAUACAUCUAUGACCCUUGGAAUGCACCAGAAAGUGUACAAAAGCUUGCCAAAUGUAUCAUUGGGACACACUACCCUAAGCCUAUGGUCAAUCAUGCCGAAGCCAGCAGAAUAAAUAUUGAGCGUAUGAAACAGAUCUACCAGCAGCUGUCUUGCUACAGAGGCCUUGGGCUUCUGGCCUCUGUGCCAUCCAAUACCAGUGAACAGGUUGAAGGUGCAGGAGCAAGUCUGAACUCUGCAGACAGCACACAGGGAAGCAAUGGUGCAGGCCGAGGAACAACCACUCUGAAGCGACUUAGUGAAGAGCUAUUAUCAAGCAACAGAUGCAAGAUUCAGAAACCGAACAAUGACGAGACACGCUUACAGUGAAAAAAGCACAUACCUCUCCUCAAACUGCCAGCAGGAUUGUAGUAUUCUGAACUUUUUACAUCUUGCUUAUGUGCUUGUAUCACUUUUACAAUAAUAUGUACCAUGUGUGCUUGACCGUAAUGCUUAAAGUAAAUCUUGAUAUGUGGCUAUAUGUAUAAUACACUAUACAUAUUCACAUUAUACUGUAUUAUAAUACUUGAAAUCACAUUUUUAGAAAAAAAAAAACAUUUGUUCCCUGGUUUUAUGUAUAUUCAGCUAUAUGUCCAUGCACUAAAUCUAAAUUCAUACGCGUCCUUAUCUACAUUCCAGAUCAGUGUGUAAAUAUUUGCAUGCAUGAUUUUUUUCAUAUAUUGGUAUAUCUGUGCCAUAAGGAUGUGCAGUGUAAACACUUGCCAUUGUGUUGUUCCUGUAAUAUGUCAAUACAAAGCAAUGAAUGUGUUUAUUUUGAUGUUGCCGAUAAUAAUAAUAUUAAUAUCAAUAAUAAUCGCAUCCUAAAAGGGUCUCACCUUCUAACAUGGCUAAAAUGCUUAUUUUUGUGUAAAGAUUUAGUGACUUGUAUUUGAAGUGUGUGGCUUCUAGUCUGUUUUUGUAGAAUUACAGGGACACUAUAGACUACAAUGUGAAUAUGCAUGUACUUUUCUGGCUCAUUGGCAGACUUAUAUUUUUAUAUUGAAAGCAAUACCAUUUUUGUCUUUUUUUAUUUGUGUAUGUUUUAUCAAUUGGCAUUAAAUAAUACAUUUGUAAUGUAAAAUUUUCCUGGUAAUUUAGGCCAUUUGACUUGGAGAAAGUGGCCUAACUUUCAUUGGGGGAUGAGUUAGGAAAUGUCCUGCUUUAGGGCAAAAUACAACAUCACCAUCACCUACUCAAAUUUAGAAACUCCCAGAAAUACCAAUAUUUAUUCAACAUAACCGGUUUUGUCCCAAAAGACUUCUGAUCAAAGACUGAGUGCUCUGAAUAGGGCGUAGAAGGCAAUGUUACUCAAACUAGUGCCCUUUGAUGAGGAUUUGAAACGUAGCACACGUGUUGCCAGAUUGAUGCGUUACCAUCUUUUUGCAAGAUAAUCGAAGGAUUCACGCUCAUUCUGCGAAACACAAGUCGGUUCAUGGAUAACAUCCAUGUUGUGUGCAGUGUGUGUGGUGGCCGUGUUAAAACAAACAAACCAACAUGAAACCGAAGGAUGAAACACCGAAGCCGAUUCGGCUGAUAGCUGCGGCGUGCAGAAAUAUGGGAAUAGGCAAGAAGGGUCGCCUUCCGUGGAGUCUUCCGUAAGACAUCAUUAAGGAUUAUAAUAUCUAUGGUCAGAGUGACGCGGCUGUAUUGUACUGCUGUUUGUGUAAUAUUUAUGAAUGGGCGGUGCAGCAGUUCAGUGGCUUAUAAAAUAUAUUAUACUGUUAUACUCAACAUGGACUGGACAGAUGUUUAGGUUAGGGUAGGAUAGGACAGGACAGAAUAGGGUAGGAUAGGACAGGGUAGGUUAGGAUAGGAUAGGACAGGGUAGGUUAGGAUAGGACAGGACAGGGUAGGUUAGGAUAGGGUAGGAUAGGAUAGGUUAGGAUAGGACAGGAUUGGAUAGGAUAGGAUAGGAUAUGAUAUGAUAGGACAGGACAAGACAGGAUAGAUCAUAAGUUAAUGUGUUUUCAGACAUGAAUUUAUGUUACAAAAAUGAAUGGAACCUGACUCUCUGGUGUUUCUUAUUACCUUAGUGUGUGUUCUGAAUGUCUCUGGGUUUCUCCUAGUUUAUCAACAACAUAACAUGAGUGGGGGGAAAGUAAAAGGGGUUGGGGUGAGAGAUAGAGUCCAUUCCAGCUCAAGUGCACAGUGGUCAUUAAAGCAAAAAAAAAAAAAGAAAUAUAUUAAAUACUAAGAAAUACUCAAAUUCAUGUAAAUAUUUCAGAGAUUCUCUAAGUUUGAGAUUCUCUAGAGAUUUUCUAAGUUUGAUACACCAUCUCUGAUUUGGUGGUAAUGAUGAAACUUUUGAAAGAAAGUAUAAUUUUCAAGUACAAGGUGAAAACUGAAUCCCAGUCUCUAUCUCUUUUUGGAAAACAAAACAAAACAAAAAAACAGGACAGAGUUUCAGUUCUUUUUGAAUACCAUCACGGCUGUGUGUACAUCAGG